AAGUUGCAUAUAUUCCUUCUGCCUUCACAGUGGUCCCACCGUUGUGCCAAGCCAAGCUAGCCGAUCAUCACCGCUCUCUUCUUUCUUUCCCUUCUGUGUGCUGUCCCGCUGUUGGUUUUAUAUUACUUUGCGACAUCAUCCAGACUCAAGCAGGCACAAAAGGGGCCGGGCGCGUUCUUUCCUUUUCCGAACAUUCUCUCUCUUCGACCGUGAAGCGUUUUUUUCGCUAGCCGCCUCAUUCGCGACGGAAAAACACCCAUCCAUCCAUCCAGCGACGACCUCCUGUAUCACCCUUUUUAUCAUCAACAAUUGUCGUCUUCCUUUUACAUGUGCGUGGUUUUUGUAUGCGUGUCCAUGACGAAACAGCCUUCCUCGGGUUUUAUAGCAUAUUAGGAGGCGACGAGCAUCAAUCGGGCGGACGGGAAGCUCCCAUGCUGCUUUGCGCACCCCGCGACAAGAACGCACCUUCGCAGGACAACCUUCCUCAUCCUCGGUGGCCUUAACUUCAACCUUCCUCCUGGUGGUGCUUCUCCGGCAUCCUCCUUCAUUCUCCUCUCUGCCCCCCGCCAUUGUGUCCAGCUGUGGCCCUCACAGGGUGCGACCGCUGGUGCUCACCUGACAGGUCCUUGGCCUCAGGACGACUGGCAGCACCAGCAGCUUCCCUACAUGAGGGACAAAGCCACGCAGACCCCCAGGGCCUGGGCAGAUGAGAGGAGGCGGGGCUCUCACAAGCGCUCAGCCUCCUGCGGGAGCACUGACCAGCUCAAGGAGAUUGCCAAACUGCGUCAGCAGCUCCAGCGCAGCAAGCGGAGCAGUCGCCAUCGGAGGGACAAAGAACGCAAGUCGCCGUUCAAUGGCGGCAGCCACGCCAUCAUGCAGUCGCAGGCGCCAAUGCCCAAGACCAUUCUGAUACCAAUCCCCAUAUCCAAGUCAUCUGCUCCCCGUUUCCGCAACAGCGUAGAAGGUCUCAACCAAGAGAUCGAGCGUAUCAUCAUCCGCGACACCCCCGAGAAGGAUGAGACCAUCGUGCCACAGGACGUCCCCGAUGGGCACCGCGCUCCGCCGCCCAUCCCCCCGCAGCGCAGCAGCAGCACUCGCAGCAUCAACACACAGACUCCCUCAGGGGGCGGCGGCCUCGGUGGUAGCCAUAGCAACAGCAGCAGCCGCCCCGACUCCAUUUCACCUUCCUACCUCACUGUGCUCAACGACGCAAGCAGCGGCGGCAGCCCCUUGGAGGAAAAAGAGCUGGGUCCUUGGUCUCCGCUGCCAAAGUACGCCGCGUCACCGCGGCCCAACAACAGUUACACGUUCAAGAGGGAACCUCCAGAGGGCUGCGAGAAAGUCAAAGUGUCUGAGGAGUCUUUGCCAAAAGCCCUUCAGGACACGCCCCCCUUCCUGUGUCCCGACCGCAACAAGGUGAACUUCAUCCCAAACAGCGGUUCGGCGUUUUGCCUGGUCAGCAUUCUCAAACCCCUGCUUCCCACCCCGGACCUUACCUUUCGCCCCGGGGUGGGCCUGCGGAGUCUGUCCCCGUCGCUGGUGCCUCUGUCCACCCAGCCCUGCCUCCUGGAGGAGCCCGAGAGUUUCUGACGAGGAGCGCUCUCAACACCUUGAAACCCGGGCGGGAAAAAAGGCCUUCAGCAUGCGAGCGCUCGGAUGUCCUGUGUCGCGAAAAGAGCACCGACUUCCCACCUCACAUUUCAUCGCUGUCUUUUUUCUUAGUAUUAUUAUGGUUUUGGAAGGAAAAGGGCAUAAAGACUUGUAUUUCAUUGUUCGAUACCAUGACGCCUUUCCACAAUACAUAUCAUUUUUUCGUAUUUUUCUCUUGAUGUAAAAACAUGCCUUCCGCUAGAAAAAGGCCGAGGUGCUGCCGGACUGAAGCAAAACUUGUAGAAGGGGGGAGAAGAAAAAUUCCCAUAAAAAAAAAAAAACGUGCCUGAUAUUUUCGAGCGUUUCUUUCAAGACAUCUGAUGUAGCGCCCAGGAGAAGGAGGGCGUGUGCUAACAAAUAUUGUAUUUGACAGCCAAAGCUAAUGCUGAUCUGUGUAAGAUAACUUUCUUGUUCUAAAAGUCAUCCACAUUCCUGCGGUACUGCUGGUGAUGACAUAGAAUACUUUCAUGAGUGUACUAUUUGAACUGCACCCUCAAAGAACUUUGGGUAUAUGUAUUGUGUUUGAAGAGCACUUCCGCCCCCAACAUGUCCUUCAAGGUAAACGUGCUAUAGAAUGUACAUGGAUGUAAAUACUGUAUUGUAUCAGCUGACAUGUGACCAACUGUAUCUUAUUAUUACAUAAGCCCCGCCCACCCCAUCAUCACCCGACUGCGCCGCUGAGUACUGUGAAUGACAUGUUAUCAUUAUUGUGAAUAAUUAUGUAUUUAUUUAUCAGAGAGGAUGGAAUCAAGAAUAGAUGACGUCAUCCAUCUCAGGUUGUAGUGAAUAGUUGCCCCCCACCUAAAAAAAAAAAAAAAUUCGUCGCACUACACUCGAGGGGCGGCCUGUAGCAGACGAGCUUUUUUUAAUUAAAGGAAAUUGUUUAACCAUUUUUUUUAAUAAGCAAGAAAUACAGUGUAUUGUUCCAAACAUG